CCCUUCCCACCUGCACCUGACUAGUGGGUAUUUACAGCACUUUUCAAGGAGCCUCUGCACUGCCACUACACAAUUUCACUGCAUGGACUGAGCAGAGUAGACAAUGCUAUAGGGACCAAUGUGCUAGCAGUGAUUCUGUGUGCUGCACACGAUCUGGGGACCGUUAUUCCAAAGUAAAGGCGAUUCUGAAAGAAGGAGAAAUCCUGCAUUCAAAAUGCCACGAUCUUUCCUGGUCAAGAAACAUUUCAAUUCAUCCAAGAAGCCCAAUUACAGUGAACUGGACACACAUACAGUGAUAAUCUCCCCAUACUUAUAUGAGAGCUAUCCAGUGCCUAUAAUACCACAACCAGAGAUCCUGAGCUCAGUAUCUUACAAUCCCAUUACUGUCUGGACUACAACUGGGCUUCUACCAUCCCCAUUACCCAAUGACCUCUCUCCUCUCUCUGGAUACCCCUCAUCCUUGGGAAGAGUUAGCCCACCUCCACCCUCUGACACCUCAUCCAAGGAUCACAGUGGUUCAGAAAGUCCCAUUAGCGAUGAAGAAGAGAGAAUCCAGUCAAAGCUUUCAGAUCCACAUGCAAUUGAAGCUGAAAAGUUUCAGUGCAGUUUAUGCAACAAGACCUAUUCAACUUUCUCGGGGUUGGCCAAACACAAGCAGCUGCACUGUGAUGCCCAGUCUAGGAAAUCAUUCAGCUGUAAGUACUGUGACAAGGAGUACGUCAGCUUGGGAGCCCUUAAGAUGCACAUCAGGACCCACACACUACCUUGUGUCUGCAAGAUCUGUGGCAAGGCUUUCUCUAGACCCUGGCUACUUCAAGGACACAUUAGAACUCACACUGGAGAGAAGCCUUUUUCCUGUCCACACUGCAACAGAGCAUUCGCAGACCGAUCCAAUCUGAGGGCUCAUCUGCAGACCCAUUCAGAUGUGAAGAAAUACCAGUGCAAAAAUUGCUCCAAAACUUUCUCUAGGAUGUCUCUUCUGCACAAACAUGAGGAAUCUGGCUGCUGUGUAGCACACUGAGUCAUGCAGUCAAUGUUUACCUGGACUCAAUGAGUUUCUCCACUCCUGUUCCAAAUGAUAAAUGGAAAUCCAAAGCAUUUUCUCUUCAACUUCCCAACCAAAAGCAAACAAAAAAAUAGUGGAAGAACUUAAAAUGUCAGUACAAAUGAGCUUAAGUAUUUCUUUUCAGUCACGUAUGAAUUUUGAAAUGCUAAUAACCAUGCAUGACAUUUCAAACAGAUCAUAAGGAAGAAGCACUGUCUACUUUCUUUAAACAUGAAGCCAAAUGCAUGUAGUCUUACUACAAAGAGUUAACAGUACAUUCCUGCCAACCUAUUUCAACCAAAGAACAGUAUUUGAAAAGAAACUGUAAUAAUAACUAAGAAACCUAUCCCAACUACAUUUUGCCAGACACCAUUUAUCUCAGGUGCCUUAAAAAGUAUUCCAAGUUUACUUUAGUAAAUGUCUAAUAUUACUGGUUGUUGUUCUUUUAUCAUUAUUAUUAAAAACCAAGGGCUUUACUGAUGACCUGAAAUGCUUUAAAAGUGAAUAAUUAAAAGAAGAGGCAAGAGAACACAAAAAAGAAUGUAUGAAAAAUCGACUGUCAUGAUCAAACCGCAUGUGCCUUUAAAAACAGACUGUAGCUUCAAACAUUCCUGGUGCAUGCUUGACCCAGCAUUUAAUAUGGAAAAGUUCCUCUAAACUUUAUCCUUUUUUUUAAACGGGAAUAAGUGCAAAAGACGGGGUACAUGGGAGUUUGACAAUGAAUUUUAAUUUUUUUUUUAAUGCACAAAGGAAAUGCAAUAUGUUCAGCAAUUCCCCUCCAAGUGCCUUUUUUAUUAAUGAUUUUGUAAAGUAUGUGGACAUAAUGUAAAUAUUUUUAUUUUUAUAUGAUUGAAUGUGUUAUGAAUGAAAGCAAAAUGUUACCUAUGGCUGCAUCUAUAGAUAACUUGAAGAUAGCGUGAAGUGAAAUUUGUUACGUUGUUUUCUAGCCACUUUUUUUACAAUAAACAUUUUUGAGUAAGA